AUGGGGAGUUCAGUAGUCUUGUUUCUUCUUUGUGUCCUGUUGGUUUUUGGAACCCUUUCAGUUGUAUUUUCCAAUACAGUCAACAUUGGAGCCAUUCUAAACACAAAAACAAUCAAUGGAAAAGUUUCAACCAUUGCCAUGAAAGCUGCUGUUCUUGAUGUCAACUCUGAUCCCACCAUUUUACCCUCAAAAAAAUUGAGUCUUUCAAUUCAUGAUGCAAACUUCAGUGGUUUCCUCAGCAUCGUUGGUGCUCUAAAGUACAUGGAGAUUGAUACCUUGGCUGUKAUCGGUCCACAAAGCUCUGUGAUGGCUCAUGUACUUUCGCAUCUUGCAAACGAGCUCCUCGUUCCAUUUUUGUCAUUCACGGCCUUAGACCCCACACUUUCGCCCCUUCAAUUCCCUUUCUUUAUCCAAACAGCCCCCAAUGAUCUUUAUCUGAUGACCGCCAUUGCUGAGAUGGUAAGCUAUUUUGGUUACAGAGAAGUAACUGCGAUAUUCACAGAUGAUGAUCAGUUUCGGAAUAGUAUAUCUACAUUGGGUGAUCAACUUUCCGAAAGGCUUUGUAAGCUCUCUUAUAAAGCACCAUUUCCACCCGUUUCUUCGUUGUCUUCGCAAGAUAUCAAGGAUAUAUUACUUAAAGUGAGAUCGAUGGAAUCUCGUGUCAUUGUUGUGCAUACUUACUCGAAAGUGGGUCUUAUGGUUAUGGAGACUGCUAAGAGUCUUGGCAUGAUGAAGAAGGGAUACGUUUGGAUCGCGACCACUUGGUUAUCGACUGUUUUGGAUUCAACAGGUGUUUCUCCUGCUCACGCUCCAUCUGUACAAGGUGUUCUAACACUCCGUCCACAUACACCGGAUUCGGAUAAGAAACGAGCUUUUAUAAGAAGGUGGAAGAAUCUGAGUAAUGGUGAAAUUGGGCUGAACCCAUAUGGUUUAUUUGCUUAUGAUACAGUUUGGAUGAUUGCCUAUGCCAUUGAUAAGUUCUUGAAAGAAGGUGGCAAGAUUUCUUUCUCUAAKGAUUCARGUYUGGGUGGUUUGAGAARGGCCAAAAGUCUGAAUUUUGGAGCACUUAGUGUCUUUAAUGGUGGAAAACAGUUGCUUAGRAACAUAYUGCAAACAAAUAUGAGUGGUCUAACRGGACCCCUUUGGUUCAAUCUUGAUCAAUCCUUGAKACACCCUUCUUUUGAUGUAAUCAAUCUAGUUGGGAACCAGGGUCGGCGUCUYGGAUACUGGUCGAACCACUCUGGGCUAACGGUUCAGUCGCCAGAGACUCUUUAUGCAGAACCAUCGAACCGUUCUAUUGCCAACCAGCAUCUGAGAAGUGUAGUAUGGCCUGGGAACACAAARGAUCGGCCUCGUGGAUGGGAGUUUUCGAACAACGGAAGGCCAUUAAGGAUUGGAGUUCCGUUGAGAGUURGUUUCAAAGAAAUCGUUACAGUAGUUAACAGUUCGCACGAAAUCCAUGGAUUUAGCRUAGAUGUUUUCAUGGCUGCAAUAAAGUUGAUUCAAUAUCCGGUUCCUUACGAGUUCAUUAUGUAUGGGAAUGGUCGUCAGAAUCCGAGCUACACCGAGCUUGUGAAUGAAGUGUCAUAUAACGUGUUCGAUGCUGUUGUUGGUGAUGUCGCAAUUAUCACUAACCGUACAAAGGCCGCGGACUUCACACAGCCGUAUAUAGAGUCGGGUCUGGUUGUAGUCGUGCCCAUAAAGAAGCUAAACUCGAGUGCUUGGGCUUUCUUGCGGCCUUUUACUCCGCUCAUGUGGGCGGUCACCGGAGUUUCCUUUCUCGUCAUUGGAGCUGUCAUCUGGAUACUGGAACACAGGCUGAACGACGAAUUUAGGGGGCCGCCAAAGAAACAGUUGGCCACCAUCUUUUGGUUUACGUUGUCAACUAUGUUUUUCUCACACAGAGAAAACACGGUGAGCACCCUUGGUCGGAUGGUUCUUUUCAUCUGGCUUUUCGUGGUUCUGAUCAUCAACUCAAGCUACACGGCUARCCUCACAUCGAUCUUAACCRYGCAACAACUUUCAUCUCCCAUCAGAGGGAUCGAUUCAUUGAUCGCUAGCAAYGAACGCAUCGGGUUUCAGAUAGGAUCGUUUUCCGAGAAUUAUUUGAUGGAAGAACUCAACAUACCAAAAUCAAGACUUGUUGCCCUUGGCUCCCCUGAAGAAUAUGCUGAGAAACUUGGAGGAGGAAUAGUUGCUGCCAUUGUUGAUGAAAGGCCGUACGUCGACCUCUUCCUUUCAAACUACUGCCGGUUUCAAGUCGUCGGCCAAGAGUUCACGAAAAGCGGGUGGGGCUUCGCAUUUCCAAGGGACUCCCCAUUGGCAGUUGACAUAUCGACUGCGAUCCUAACGUUAAUGGAGAACGGCGAGCUUCAAAAGAUUCACGACCAUUGGCUCAAGAGAAAAACCUGCUCCUUGCGGAACUCGGAUUCGGACCAGCUUCAAUUAGAAAGCUUUUGUGGACUAUUUCUCAUCUUCGGAGUAGCUUGCGCUCUUGCUCUCGGUAUACACUUCUGUAUGGUGCUUCGGGAGUUUGGAAAACACGAUCCGUCACCGGAAAAGGGGUCUCGAUCGGUGCGAUUGCAGAGGUUUUUAUCGUUUGCGGAUGAGAAAGAAGAGAUAUCAAAGAGGAAGUUGAAGAGAAAGAGGGAUGGUAGAGAAGUUAACAGAUCAAACAGAAUUCAAGCAGAGGUUGAUGAAGAUCAAAAUUGUGAAUAAAUAAUGCCUCUAACUUGUGACAUAAAUUCAGAAUUUGGUAGUUAUAUAUAAACUUGAAUGGAUUCAAACAAAUGUAAUUUGUUUGCCUGUAAAACUGUGGGCGUUUGAU